AUGCCUUAGCGAUCUCUUCUCACUGCACCAAAACUAAACGGCGCUGAAUAGAGCUGAACAAAGCGUGCAUGAUCUUCGCUGAGAAGAGUCAAGGCAGAACUAGGUAGGGAGUGGAGGCGCUAAUCGUGAUGUUUAUAUCGUACCACAGCCUUCCAUUGUUUGUGGGCGGAGUACAAGAAUAUAACGUCUAAAGGAACACCUCUCUCAGAAAGUAACACCUCAUUUCAUUACUAGCAUACAUACCAUGGCGACAACCGACUCCCCAGAAGUGUCCGGGGAAGACGGAGAGCUUGACGAAGACCUACUCGACGACAUCCUAAGCCGCGCCCAGGAGUGCGAGAAAUCAAGACAGUGGGAGGAAUACAAUGAGCUCCGACUCCAAAGCAUCGACAUGUUCUCACAGCAUUUCGGGCCAGACCACAGAAUACCGUUAGACUACAAGAUGAACCUCGCCUACAACUAUCGCACGCAAGCAAAAUUCCCACAGGCUGAAUCCGUUGCUCGCGAUGUUGUCGAGCGGCGGCGCAGAGUACUCGGUGAUCAUGCCGACACAGCUAGCGCCAUGAAUAGCUUGUCGAUUAGCAUCAAGGCCCAGGAGCGAGUGGAAGAAGGGCUUAGGCUGGACGAGGAAACGCUGGAAAUGCUGCAGCGUGUGCAGGGAGAUGGGGAAGAUGCUACACAGGCAGCGAUGCAGAAUCUCGGUAAUAGCUAUUUCAAUGUCGGCCGGCACGAGGAGGCGGCCGAGCUUCACCAGAAAGUCGUUGACUUCCGGGUACAAAAAUUGGGAAAGAAUAACCGCGAGAGUAUCAUCACUAUGGAUAUGCUCGCGAGGGAUUUCACCGCCCUUGAUCAAUGGGACAAGGCGAAACAGCUACAAGAGGAGGUGAAUGGUCUGGCAAAGGUGAACUUCGGCUACGGCGACAAUACUACCAUCACCUGCAUCCUGAACCUAUUAAAAACGUACCGUCAUCUGGGGGAACCAGAUAAAGCACUAAGGAUGAUGGAAGAUGCAUUAGCGUCCUUCCGACAGCUAGGUCGUGAUCACACCGAGCCCAGCGCGUCACUCAUGAAGCAGCUAGCAAUAGUGUAUUCUGAUGAAGACAGGUUCGAGGAGGCUGAGCCGCUGUUUGAGGAGUUUUAUGAGUGGAUUAAGGGGGUUUUGGGACCUGAUCAUGAGGUGACGGAAGAGGCGAGAUUGGAUUUGACAGAUAACUUGGUGGCCCAGGGAAAGCUUGUGUGGACAAGCCCCUACGGGGCUUUGGAAUGAAUAAGUCGAACUGGGUUCAUAAUAAUAAUAUGCUACAUUCACAGCAGCGUAAAUGGUUCCAACAUAGCACGUCAUGCAAAUUGACCUUCUAGAAAGAAAAGGUUACUGGAGCAGGGUGGGCAAACCGCCAGAUACAUCGAGUUUAAUACUAGAUCAUAUUGUCUAUUUACAACUGUUGCUAAAGACCGGCUUACAUUCAAAAUGCAAGAUUCAACCAAA